AUGUCGAUGCUCCAGCCGUUGAAGGAUUUAUCGUCGAACAUCAUCACUUUGGCUUUCAAUAUUUACAAUUUCGAGCUUCUCGAUGGCUCCUACACAUCUGACGCAAAGGAGCACAACGGCAUAUUCUGGUAGGACGAUCCUAAAACUAACUUAAAAAUAAACCUGUCUUUUUCAGGAGUGUCCGUGUGCAAUCGGCCAAAACGGCAAAAAGCCAGAAGCGGCGAGUCGGCGUGUUUCUCGUCUGUACACCGAACAAUCCGCCGUCGGAAGAGUGGACGGUGACCACCUCUUUUGGAUUUCGCGUCAUCAACGCCGCCGGCCACGGCAGAAACAAGAUAUCCACGCUGUUCUACCAUGUUUUCAACGCAAAAGACAUGGAACGUGGCACCGCGAACUUUAUCGGAUGGGAUGAAUUGGUCGGCGCAAGUGCCGGCUACCUGCUCGACGGCGUCUUUUCCGUCGAGUUCGAUCUCAAUGUGACCGGCACGCAGGGCAUUAAACGCGUGAAAAUGACGCAAGAGAAGUACGACGAGUGCAUUGCUGACGGGGAACUCGUCGCCGACGGCAAGACUAUCAAAGUUAAUCUGCCGGUUAGUCUACUAUUGAAUAAAACCACGAAAUAUUCAUUUCUCAGAUCCUUGCGGACUACUCCGACGUCCUCUACGAAAUGUUCUACAAUAAAAACGAGGCAGGAGUGAAGUCUUUUGAAAUUUUCGAUUUCACCUACGAUGCAGUGCUCGGAAUGGUUUGCAUUAUUCAACAAGACGAAUACGAGAUAAAUCGUGAGCACUUUUAGUUAAUAACGGACGUUAUAACCGUGCUGCUUGUAGUGACCAACUAUCGUGAGAUUCUGGAGCUCGGACACACGUACAAAAUGCAGCCAGUGAUCGACAAGGUCGAAGAUUUCCUGAUAAAAAGCAAAAAAGUGUCGCCGGACACCAAGUUGAAAUUGUCGGAGACCUUCCGAUUACAUAUCCUUCAGGUACUCAGAAAAGAUGAAGGUUACUGAAAUUUGUGGUUUGGUUACAGUUCCGGACGGUGGAGCAGUUGAAGUGCAUCGACGUCGUCGAACGGAUUCUCGACGACAACAUCGAUCUGGGCGAGAAGACGUACGAGACGUUGAUCGAAAAGUUGAAGUUCCUGCAGAAGCACCGCGACGGCAAGAACAUCUAUUGUCCGUGUCCGAGACACUGUCAGGAUAGAUGGUGACGUGACGGUCGCCCCUCCCGGAAGCUAUGCUCUAUUUCUCCUCUUGCUCUCUAUUUUGAUACUCUUUCGCUUGACAUUUCCCGUUCCUUUCUCGGUUCUUCUCCAGAGUAUUGUAUCAUUAUCAUUAUCAUUAUCAUUAUUAUUAUUAUCAUCACUAUUAUUGUUAUUAUUAUUAAACCGACCAAACUUCAUGUUCAAACCAAACCCCCUCAUCAUUUUUUUCUCUUUUCCACGCUCCUGUGAUAACUACUUCGAACUAGUCAAGCAAAAAAAGAAGAACCAACCCAACCGCAUAUUAUCUCGUGUGCGAGCAAUGUAGUAAUGCUUGAAUUUGCUUCCCAACUCUUUGAUUUUUCAAAUCCGGCAUGUGACGUGCCGAACCCCCUGGCUAUUGACAUUUCGCUAAACCUCACUAUUCUAAUUAGCAUUCCCGCCUAUUUCUCUGUUUUUCUCGCGUUCUCCAGGAAGACGAGCAAGAGCUUCAAAGUUUACAAACGAAAAUUGAUGGUUUCGGUGUUUUGCAACAUCUUUCUGGAGGCCUCGAUCGCUUUCCUCGUCAAACCGAUCGUCUACUACCCGGACAUCGCCGUGCGGGCCGGAGGCGUUAAAAUUCUCCGACACUCGCCCGCCGGCGCUUCUGUUCUACUGGUUCUGCUGGCCGAACUUGGUGAAUUGACAAUACUUGAAUAUCUAAAUGUUCUUUUUUCCCUUUCCAGCCAGUGUCUACAGUAUCUUCAUUCUCUUCAACUAUCGUCUGCGUGUUGUCGUCGAGCCGUGGCAGUACCUACAUCGCAUCAAAUUUUUGAAAGUCGUCAGCAUUUUCCGAAAACUAUUAUAUUCUUCCCUUUUUCUCGCCGUUUUUUCCGUCUAUUUCGUACUGAAACUAUCGCUGGAUCAACCGGACGUCAAGCUCAAACAUCCCGUUUGUUUAGUUCGGAGCCACGGCAUGCUGGAGCGUACGUUGCUGCAAAUGCGCUCAAUUGCGAAAAGCUCACUUGGCACGGCGCCAACCGCGUCGCAGCGCCCGUAACGCAUUUGAUUUCGGUAGAGCGCGCUUGCUCGUUUUGUGCGGCGAAAUCUAAAUUUAAAUUUCGUGCAUACGCUUCAGCUCGCCGUGGAACCGUCUUAAAACCAGUUGACUUCCCCGUUUCCCCCUUUCAGGUCCUAUCAAAUUUUCCCGAACUUUCGUGCAUCUCGUUCUUCGUCGUUCCGCGCCGUUCCGAUUCGGAAUCCACGUGGAUGCACAUGUUCGCAUUCAACGUCGUCGUCGCGCUCCCCAACUUUUUCUUUACUUGCCUCGGCUUCCUCAUCACCUACACCGUCAUCGAAACGCUUUCGAUUCUGCGGAAAGGCGCUCACAUCUCUUCAUUUUUCUAUCGAACGCACCGCGCGUUCCUGCGCAGUCUGGUCGUCCAGUUAUUGGUGCAUUUGACGAUGCUCGGCGGGCCAUCAAGCUGUUAUGUGGCCGCCACCUUCUUUAAUAUCGGACAUUCGAGUUGGGCGCCUCUUUUGGAAGCCGAUAAUACUAGUUCCUUUUCAGCGUACGCCUUGGUCUCAGUCAUCAUUGUUUCGCUGCACGGAUCGGUGCUCUCUCUACUGAUUAUAUGCCUGAACGAACCGUUGCGGAACAAUUUGAGUAGCUUUUUCAAGGCUUUCUACAGCGGUUCGCAUUUACGAUUAGUAAUUUUGUUUUUAUUUCUUGUAGUUUUCAGGACAGGAAGGUCUGUCGACCGUCUCCAGAACGAUCGAUUGA